AUGUCCCACUACCCUUUUUCUCGAGCUGCGGCAACCCUACGGCCGAGAACCACUUUCCGCUCCUACUCGGCCAAGAGCAUCGAUUCAAUUCUCAUUGCAAAUCGAGGCGAGAUUGCUAUAAGAGUCAAUCGUACUGCUGCCCAGCAUGGCAUCCGCACUACUACGCUAUACACGAAUCCAGAUGCUCUCUCGCAGCACGCUCUUUCCUCGCCCUUCUCAUUCCAUCUCGGCGCAACAGCCGCUUAUUUGGACCAGGAGAAAAUCCUCCGAAUAGCGAAACAAGAGGGUUGUCAAGCUAUCCAUCCCGGCUAUGGCUUCCUGUCUGAAAAUGCAGAGUUCGCAAAGAGAUGUGCAGAAGAAGGCGUCACUUUUAUUGGCCCUCCUGCAAGCGCCAUUGAGGAUAUGGGGGAUAAGGCCAGGAGCAAGGAGAUCAUGAAUGCCGCCGGUGUUCCCUGUGUACCGGGCUACCACGGAUCCGAUCAGGCCCCUGAGACACUCGCACAAGAGGCGGAAAAGAUUGGCUAUCCUGUCCUAAUCAAAGCCGUUCGGGGCGGGGGAGGCAAGGGGAUGCGAAUCGCAAAGACUGCCCAAGAAUUCCCAGACAUGCUUGAGAGUGCAAGGAGUGAGGCCAGAAACUCAUUUGGCAAUGACGAAGUCCUAGUCGAGAAAUACAUCACCACGCCGCGCCACAUUGAAGUUCAAGUUUUUGCUGACAAGCAUGGAAAUUGUGUUGCCCUCGGUGAACGAGAUUGUUCCAUUCAACGCCGCCAUCAGAAAAUACUUGAGGAGUCUCCAGCUCCAAAUCUGGACGAUUCGAUUCGCAAAGAUCUGUGGGACAAGGCACGAGCAGCUGCGUUGGCUGUCAACUAUGAAGGUGCUGGUACCGUGGAAUUCAUCUUCGACAAUGACACGGGCGAAUUCUACUUCAUGGAAAUGAAUACUAGACUUCAAGUGGAGCACCCUGUUACAGAAAUGGUAACCGGCCUGGACCUUGUCCAUUGGCAGAUCUUGGUUGCGGAAGGCAAACUUCUUCCUCUUACCCAAGAACAAGUCGAGGAGCAGAUUUCUCACCGUGGACAUGCUAUUGAAGCUCGAAUCUAUGCCGAGAACCCGGACAAGGGAUUCAUACCUGAUUCUGGCAAACUUCUACACGUUCGGCUCCCCAAGGAAACCACAAACGUGCGGAUAGAUAGCGGAUUUGUGCAAGGCGACGAAGUUUCGAGCCAUUACGAUCCCAUGAUCGCCAAAUUGAUCGUCAGAGGCGAGACUCGGGAAGACGCUCUACGCAAAAUGGUUGCAGCAUUGCAAGACUACGAAGUCGCAGGACCAGUAACGAACAUUGGCUUUCUCAAGAGAAUAUGCAAAUCCCCCGACUUCGUGACCGGUAACGUCGAGACAGGAUAUAUCGGAAAACACCAUGAGGAACUCUUCCCCGAGAUAACUGUUACCUCUGAAGUUCUUGCUCAGGCAGCGAUUGCUUCGUUCCUUCGCCAUUCAAAUGCUCCAACUUCGAAAGCAACCUCUUUAACGUGGCAACUGUCCUCCCCCUCGUGGCUCAACACAUCGUCGGACUUCCAGCCACGAACAUUCCAGUUCACCUCCACGAGCAUCGAACCUGGAUCCGGAAAACAGCCUAAAAUCCUCGCCGUGGAACUCCAACAAAUGAGUCCGGGUACAUUCUCACUAUCAACGCCAUCCAACCCCGAACCGAUGACCGUUUCAUCCUCCUUAGACUCCAAGACAAAUACAUUGACAACCUACUUUCCUAAUACACGACAUACCUCACAUAUCAUAUUCUCUCCUGCCUCAACCACAUCAGACUCUGCGUCAAACCCAGAAAAAAUCCACCUCUUCACCCCGCACGGCGCUUUUCUUCUCUACUCACCUUCACCUCCAUGGCUGCAGAAAGCCCUCGGCGUGACCGAGAAGCCUAAUUCAUUGCUCUCCCCCAUGCCGGCUAAGAUUCUCCGUGUACUCGUUUCGCCAGGGGACGUGGUGAAGAAGGAGCAGCCCCUGAUAGUUAUCGAGAGCAUGAAGAUGGAGACAGUUAUAAGAAGCCCUAUAGAAGGGGCCAAGGUGCAGAGAGUGGUGCAUAUGGAGGGGGAGGUCGUGGGAAGUGGUGUCGCACUUGUAGAAUUCGAAGAAGACGGAACAGACGAGGGUGAAAAGUGA